CUGUGAGUUAAUUAAUAAGCAACAUGAAUUGAGCUGAUUUUCCAUAAUCAGCAAAGAAAAAUCUGUGACAAACUUUUCAUUUCAAUUUUCCUCUGUUCUCUGCGUUUCAACUUUCAAUGAACCGAGUCCAUCGCCAUUCCCAUUAUUAGACAAAACAAAACCCAAAACCACACGCAAUUUAAAAACACUAACAAUAAUGCGGUGUUGCAUUCCUAUGCUGUUGGCGGUGAUAGCCGUGCUGGUGUCGGCGGUGCACGGCGCUUUCCUCCCUCUGGAGCGGAGCAUUCCUCUGAGCCACCGCGCGGAGGUGGCGGAGCUGAGGGCUCGUGACAGAGCCCGCCACGCCCGAAUGUUGAGCGGCAUAGUCGACUUUGCAGUCCAAGGAACCUCCGAUCCAAACACGGCUGGGUACGGGUUGUAUUAUACCAAAGUGAAGAUGGGAACACCUCCUAAAGAAUUUAACGUUCAGAUUGAUACGGGGAGUGAUAUAUUGUGGGUGAAUUGCAAUACUUGCAGUAAUUGUCCUCAGUCUAGUCAACUAGGGAUUGAGCUUAAUUUCUUUGACACGGUUGGGUCGUCCACCGCUGCGUUGGUUUCCUGCACGGACCCGAUAUGCACUACUGGGGUUCAAGGUGCUUCUGCUGAGUGCUCCACGAGGGCUAAUCAAUGCAGCUACUCCUUUAAGUAUGGAGAUGGGAGUGGGACCUCAGGUUAUUAUGUUUCGGAUGCAUUGUAUUUUAACUUGAUCGUGGGACAGCCUCCACUUCCACCGGUUAACUCUUCGGCUACCGUUGUUUUUGGGUGUAGCAUCUAUCAGUCUGGAGAUCUAACUAAGGCAGAGAAAGCAGUUGAUGGAAUUUUUGGGUUUGGCCCUGGUGCUCUAUCUGUUGUAUCGCAGUUGUCAUCACGCGGAAUAACACCCAAAGUCUUCUCUCAUUGCUUGAAAGGAGAUGGUGAUGGAGGAGGCAUUCUAGUUCUUGGCGAGAUAAAGGAGUCAAGUAUUGUUUAUAGUCCGCUUGUUCCAUCACAGCCUCAUUACAACUUGAAUCUUCAGAGUAUUGCUGUCAAUGGGCAACUCCUUCCAAUUAAUCCAGCUGUAUUUGCAACGUCUAAUGACCGAGGAACUAUAGUUGACUGUGGUACAACAUUGGCAUAUCUUGUUCAAGAAGCUUAUGAUCCUCUUGUCACUGCUAUAACUACUGCUGUGUCACAAUCUGCUCAGCUAACUAAUUCCAAAGGAAGCCAGUGUUAUCUGGUCACAACCAGUAUAGAUGACAUUUUUCCUUCAGUCAGUUUAAAUUUUGAGGGUGGAGCAUCAAUGAUUUUAAAACCAGAGCAGUACCUUAUGCUUAAUGGUUACCAUGAUGGUGCUGAAAUGUGGUGCAUCGGUUUCCAGAAUGUACAGGAGGGAGUCUCAAUUUUAGGAGAUAUUGUCCUAAAAGAUAAGAUAGUUGUGUAUGACUUGGCACAUCAACGAAUUGGAUGGACUAACUAUGACUGUUCUUCGUCUGUAAAUGUUUCUGUGACUACGAGCAAGGAUGAAUACAUCAAUGGGGGACAGCUAAGUGUCAACACCUCCGCAAUACGAUUUCUUUCUAAUUUACUAUCCGUAAGCAUUGUGGCUCUGUCUUUGUACAUGAUGUUAGUAUGAAAAAAAUUUAAGUAUGUGAAACGUUGGGAAUCAAAGUCAUCACUCGAGAUAAUGUAAAAUUAAGUUUUCAACAUUAAUCAUGGGAAGGUGAUCAAGUGAGAAGUCAAAGAUUUAUGAAUGAAGUAGCUCUGAAGAAAUGGGGAUUUGAUAGAAGCUUGAAAAAUGAAGAUUUUAAUGAAAGUUUCAGAAAGCAAAAUUUUGACAGGACUUUGAUUAGUAGAAAUUUGGAUGGAAGUUCAAAGAAUGAUUGGUUGAAA